AUGGAAGCGAAACCGGAGGAGACUGAUCCUAAUAAACACGAUGAGACCGUAGAAGAUAGCGAGACCAUGGAGGCUGAAGUGGUUCUUCCUCCCAGGCCCACACCUUCAAGCCCUUACAAAGACAUCCUGAGAAAGGCUGGGAAAACUUACCAAACAGCUAGGAUAACCACUCUUAACUCUAGAGGGAUUCAGAAUCCCCGACAUGGAUUAUCCAAGGGCAUGAGGAGGGGUUUAAGAGAUCCUAAUUGGAUCACUGCAUUCGAAGAGGAUGCGAUCUAUGGUGGAAGAAUCACCACCCGAUACGAGGACGGGCAAAGCUCAGGAGUGUGUCCUCCUCCCGGUGAUUAUUGUGGAUCUUUGGCCCUGUUAUUUAACCAUACCCUAAAACUGGAAAAGCAAGUAAGAUUGGUGUCAAGAGAAAUCAAAGAACGUGAAAACAACACUACUCACGUAUCAUGGAUAGCAGGAAGAUUGGAGACCCAGCUGACCCAACAUCAAAAUACAUUGAUGGAGAUGCGUGGAUUACUGGACACGCAGAUUGCUGCCAGGAUUCAACAAAAUACCCACAUGAUGGAAGUUGAUCUUCAAGCUCAGGCAAACCUUAUCAUGGUGGGAGCCAGUGAAGAGGAAAUAAUGGCCAUUAAUGGGAGGUUGGAUGCGAUCGGGAUGCAGCUUGUUGAGAUCACAAGGGCAUUGAAUACCUACCAACGAUUUGGAUGA